CGCCGCUGCAGCCGCCGCCGCCCGCCCGCCGCCCGCCGCCGUCCUUGCGGCAGGAAGAUGCCCGGGGAGGUGCCGCCGCCGGCGCCCCGGGGGCUGCGGAGCCUCACGGUGCUGCUGCUGCUGCUUCUGCUCAGCGCUGCCCGGGCUCAGCGCUGGCGCAAUGAGAACUAUGAGAGGCCUGUGGACCUGGAGGGCUCCGGGGAUGAUGACCCCUUUGGGGAUGAUGAACUGGAUGAUGUCUACUCAGGCUCUGGCUCAGGCUAUUUCGAGCAGGAGUCAGGGCUGGAGACAGCAGCCACCCUCACCACGGACACCUCCGUCACGCUGCCCACCACGGCGGCCGUGCUGCCUGUCACCCUGGUGCAGCCUGUGGCCACCCCCUUGGAGCCCUUCCCUGCUGAGGACACCACCCCCGAGCAGACAACCAGCCUCUUGUAUAUCCCCAGGGUGACAGAGACACCCAUGGUCCCCAGCUGGAAAGCAACCACCACCACCACCACCACCACCACUGCCACCAGCGAGUCGCCUGCCACCACCACCAGCUCCACGACCGCCGCGACCACCACUGCAGCCACCACCACCACCACAACCACCACCACUGUGGCCACCACCACCACCACCAGCAGCACCACCACAGCCACUGCCAAGCCCACCACUGUCCAGAGGUUCCUGCCUCCCUUGGUCACCAAGGCAGCCACCACUCGAGCCACCACCUUAGAGACGCCAACCACCUCCCUCCUGGAAACCAGCACACCAACAGAGGUGGCCACGUCGUGGCUUGUCCCCAGCAGCACAGCCAAGCCCAGGUCCCUGCCAAAACCAAGCACCUCCAGGACUGCAGACCUCACAGAAAAAAGCACUGCCUUGCCCUCCAGUCCUGCCACGCUGCCACCCACAGAACCCCCCCAGAUGGAGCCAGGGGAGGUGACGACAGUCCUUGACAACGAGCUGGAGGUCCCAGUCAGCAACGGCCCCAGCGGGGACUUUGAGAUCCGGGAGGAGGAGGAGACGACUCAGCCCGAGCUGGGGAACAACGAGGUGAUGGCUGCGGCCACCCCGCCCGGCGCGCCCGGGCCCGGCAGGAGCGCACAGCCAGGGCUGCUGGACAACACCAUCGACUCCGGCAACUCGGCUGCUCAGCUCCCCCAGAAGAACAUCCUGGAGAGGAAAGAAGUCUUGAUAGCCGUGAUCGUGGGCGGUGUGGUGGGAGCUCUCUUUGCUGCCUUCCUGGUCAUGCUGCUCAUCUACCGGAUGAAGAAGAAGGAUGAGGGCAGCUACACCCUGGAGGAGCCCAAGCAAGCCAACGUCACCUACCAGAAGCCCGACAAGCAGGAGGAGUUCUAUGCGUAGAAGCAGAGCCUGGCGUGCCUCGCGCUCCUCCCUCCCCGCUCCAAACCUCCCUUCCUCCUCUCCUUCAUCCACUCUCUCUCUUUCUCUCUCUCUCUCCCUUUUUAUUUGGAUCAGACUGUGAAUUUAAAAAGCAAAACUGGCAACAGCUAACAGAGAAAGGACAUCUUCAGCGUGAUGGAAACUCAGAGCUCAGACCGAGCACCUCUGGCCUUGCUGCAGCGAGAGGGAUGGGGGCAAGGAGCCGGCACCAAGGAACCUGUGCCCGGGGACCGCGGGAUGGGGGUGGUGGAGCUGGAGCUCGCUGCCCUUUUCCCACCAACACAAUGGACUCUGGGAUCUGGACACCUUCUACCAGCCCUGGGGUGCAGGGAGGGGUUGGUUUGGAUUUAUCUUCCUCCUUUUUUGUUUUUGUUUAGGUUUGGUUUGGGGUUUUUUUUUUGUUUCCCUCUGGAGAGGAGGGAGGUUUUUCUCUCCCUCUCUCUGCUCUUGGUUUGGGAUGCUCUUGUGGAACGGGGUCGGUUGCUCUGCAGGAAUCCCCUCGCUCCCUGCUUCUGUUCCAAGAGAGGACCCAGCUCUCAAAUCCACUACAGACCUUGAGGAAAAAGCACAAGGGGCUGGAAUACCUGAGGCCCUGGGGGUUUGCUCUUGGAGUGGGGAAGGCAGAAAUGCUCCCUUGCCCCCCCCUCUAACCCCCUCCCCAACAUGGCCAGUAUGCUGGAAGUGAUCUCUUGAGAUCAACUCUCAGGAGAGCUUUGUGGAGCAGCAAGAAGCUGCCCUUGGGCUUAGCUCCUGCUGCCGCCGCCACCACCUCGCUUCACUGCAUCGCUGUGCACCGCCAGAGACCUUAGAGCUGCAGGACCUUGCUGGCCACUGAGGGCUUGGCUUGAGAAGGGACCUGGCUCCUGCUGGGUUGUCACUGUGACCAAUAAAACUCAGCUUGUGCAGUACGACCGCCGGCGCUGGUUUUAAAAUGGAGCAGGACAUUGCUUGUUGGGCAGCUGGCAGGGAGAGGAGCUGGAAGUGGAGAAGUUCAGUCCUCUCCCUGGUGCCUCCAGAGGGGAUAACAAAGCUCUGCAAGGUGUGAGCUGCAGCCUAAGAAAAGGAAUGCAAGGCAGAGCCCAUGCUCUGUCCCCCUCAAGGUCGAGCAGGGGUCCCCAUCAGGCCACUUGCAGUCAAAAGAUGAGGAAGAUGAGGCUGAGCAGUAGCUCUCCACCACCCAGCCCCAGGGCUGCUUGGCUGCCACAUCACUCUUCAUAAUACCCAGGACUGAUGGUUUGUGUUUCUUCUGUUACUGCUUAAAUUUCAGUACAAGCCACAGGGCACCCAGGAGCCUGAGAGCAAGAGAUGCUGGAAGCCAUCAUCACCUGAGCGCAGUGAUUUCCCCUCUGAGGUUACUGAAGGUGCAGAGCAAGAGGGCCUGACCCAGAGCCCAGCUGUGCCUUCUAGAAAGGCUUAGAUGUUUUGGAGCAAGAUUCUGCAGAGGAAAAGUCAAUUAGAGAUCUCAGCAAGCUGGCUUUUAAUUAGCUGAAGUGCAGUUUGUGGUGCAGUCAAGGAGCUUUGCUUGCCAUCUUUGAUGGUGUCCCAUGGAGAUUCUGGCUUUGCUCUUAGAGCAGCUGAAAUGAGAUAAAUGAGGGGGGGGAAUGGGUUGCUUUGACUUUGUUGCAUCCUAAAUUAACCUGCACAAACAUAGUGACACUUUGGCCCCUCGGGGUGUUAGGGGAUGGAAGGAUUUAUGACCCUGGGAGAGGCUACCAGACAGCAGAGCUGCUUGUGUUAGGAACUGGAGAGGCCAAAUGCAUCUUCCAGAGCUCUAUCAAGCUAUACAUAUAUACACUCACCUACAUACACAGUUAUAUGGAGAUAGGAAAUGGAACCCCUGCAGCUUCCCAUUGCCCUGCAUGCAGUGGCUGGAAGGGAUUUGUGAAGCUGGGAGGUUUGGGCUAUGCUGCCUUGGGCUCUGCAGUGAAGGCACUUGGAGUUUAGAAGGCCCCUGGGGCUGCAUCCAAACCAGCGUGGCCAGAGAUGGAGAGAGGGGUUCCUGCCCCUCUGCUCUGCUCUGCUCUGCUUUAGGGAGACCUCACCUGCAUUGUUGUGACCCCCAACACAAGGGAGACAUGGAGCUGCUGGAGCAGGUCCAGAGGAGGCCACAAAGAUGAUGAAAGGGCUGGAGAACCUCUGCUGUGGGGACAGGCUGAAAGAACUGAGGCAGUACAGCCUGCAGAAGAGAAGGCUCCAGUGAGACCUUAGAGCUGUGUUUCAAUACAAGGGGACUUGCAGAAAGGCUGAGGAGGAACUGUUCAGAAGGGCCUGUGGGGAUAGGAUGAGGAGCAGUGGCUUGAAACUGGAGCAGAGGAGAUCUAGGUUGGAUAUCAGGAGGAAGUUCUGCACAGUGAGGGUGGUGAAACACUGGCACAGGUUGCCCAGGGAUGUAGUUGAAGCCUCAUCCCUGAAGACAUGGUGUGGCUUGGUGUGGCUCUGGGCAGCCUGCUCUAGCUGGAGAUGUCCCUGAUGCCUGCAGGGGAGUUGGACAAGAUGCCCUUGGAGGGUCUCUUCCAACCAAAUUCAUCCUAUGAAUUUGUGCCUAUGACCCAAAACAGUGAAAUAGUGACCUGCUCUUUCUUUAGGGCAGGGAACAGAGCCUAAAAUCCCCAUUUCAGAGAUAUCAGCCUCAAAUUUGCCAUUGUUUUGGCUCUGCUAGUUGAAAGAAGAUGGUCCUGUUGGAAUGGGCUGCCCAGGGAGGUGGUGGAGUCACUGUCCCUGGAGGUGUUCAAGAAAAGGCACUUAGUGCCAUGGUCUGGACUGGCUAGGGCUGGGUGCUAGGUUGGACUGGAUGAUCUUGGAGGUCUCUUCCAACCUGUUUGAUUCCAUGAUUCUAUGAUAUAUCUUGGAUGGUGAUGUUGAAAGGCAGCUGGUGUCAGGAGUGUGUGUGUGUGUGUGCACCCAUUUCUUGGAUUCAUCCCAUCUGCAGAGGAUGAGGAUGCUGCAAAGGGAGGGCCACACAUCCAAAGAUGUCUCAGUGCCAAGCUGGCUCCAAGAGCCACUUCCUCUGUUCUCUUGGAAGUGUCAGUUUCAACUCAUGGAUUUGAUGGAUUCGAGGGGUUUAUUUUUGGGCCCUGUUGGGACCCCCCCAAAGGGCCUUGGCUGUUGGGGGAGGGAAGGUGUCAAGAAAUCAAACCUCCUCAUGGUUUGGGUGAGGGAUACUUGGGCAUGCCAAGUACCAAAGCCACCCCAACCCCACCAACUCUUUGGCCAAACGUGGACUUAAUCCUUCGAGCUUGCAUUAAAGAAAAACCAACCCAAACCCUCCCAGCUUAAUCUUUUAAAUGCUGAUUUUCUUAGCUGCUUCCCCUAAUCUUCUUCAUGCCAUUUCUUUCUCCCCCUAUUUAAUAGUCUGAAGCUCUAUAAUGCCAUUUUUUUAUUCACUCAAGCUUAACCUCAGCUCUCUCAGCUGGUGUUAAGUUGUAAUCCCAGCGCUUAAAUCCGUCACAGUGCCAGAAGUGAGAGGAAGGUUGGAAGUGGGAGGGGAAAAGGAGGCUGGGCAGAGCUUUUUCUUCUUGAAGUAAUUAAAAGUAGAAGCUGAUCACAUGCAAAAAAA